AGCCAAUACCUGCGUGCGAAACCUAAAAUCUGGUUCAAACCGGUUUCCAUCUUAUUUUUCUAUAUAAAAACUUUAUAAAACAUACAGCCGUUAUUAUUUGACAUUUAUUGCUAAACAGUUUUCCCCACAAGUGUGUAGUGGUGAACAAGCCUGCCGCCCCUGCGUAAUCAUCUUCCUAUUUUCAACGGUCAAGAUGCCUAAAAGAAAGAUUGAUGGAGACAAGGCAGUCAAAAGCAAGGAAGAGCCUAGACGCUCAGCAAGAUUGUCAGCUAAACCUGCACCUCCUAAACCAGAGCCCAAACCCAAAAAAGCUGCACCUAAGAAGGCAGCCAAAGGAAAGAAGGGCAAGGAAGCCCCUGCUGAAAACAGUGAUGCCAAGACAGACCAGGCACAGAAGGCUGAGGCUGCAGCAGACACCAAAUGAACAGCGUUUGAAAUUUUUUUGAUCAUUCUAUGUACUUGGUGACUGUACAGUUCGAAAUAACUAUUUUUUACCAAGUUUUAUAUAAAAGAAAUGCGGUUUUUAGUUCCAUUGUCAGCUUACAUAUAAUGUGUUGAAACUGUGCAAAGGGGUUUUUCUUGUGUUCAGAUCUUUUUUAUGCCAUUGUUAUAUUAACUCCGUCCAUAUCCUGUCAAAAAUAAUGUGCCCUCUCUAAAUCAGUUUUAAACUGCUGAAUGUUACCAUUUUAUUUCCUACAUUUGGUUUUUAAAAUACAAUUUUAAAUACCAAACAUUAUCAUGGCAGCUAAAAUGUAUUUGUAAAACA